UGUGAAUUCAUUUCGCAAAUUUCCGUGAAUAUUGCUUACAAGUUGGUCGCGACGAUCGCGACGAUCAGGUGUUGAAAGUAACUCCCAGCUCAUCGCUGUGGACGACGACCAAACCCUCACAUUUCUCUGACUGCCUUACUUUUUUCUUUCUCUCUUUGUGUUCUCAAGACCUCACAUAUUAAUAGUCUCCGACUCUUUGCUCCCACUUGGCAAUUUUCGAUCUCUCAGCUGCCAGAAUGUCUAGUCUCACUACCAGCUCAUUACUUGCAACCAGAACCCCUCCAGUACCGUUGUUUCCAUCGUCUUUUCCUGGCACUCCUACCACCACUACCAGUGGUAGUUCCGCGACUUCUUCCGACAAUACCGAACCCAGUUUAACUUCGAGCGCUGCCUUGUACCUUUACACCUUUCUUGCUACCCUCGUCCUUCUCCUUGCUGUCUCAUCCGCUAUUGUUAUUCGCAGUCUCAUCCUUCGACGACGUCAUCAACGCAUCGUAGAGGAAGCUAUCCGAGCAGGGACAUGGCUCCCUCACCAAUCAUAUGACCCCAGAGGAAGUCGCAGACGAAGGGACAUUGGAAAGAAGCCCAAGUUGUGGGAGGCAUGGCUCCGCAGUGGAGACGAAGAGAGCUCAGCUGACGGCAAAUGUGCUUGGGAUGACAUAAUGCCCGUCUACGCCGCCCAUAUUAAAUCUGCUCCAAAGCCUCCAUCUCCGAGGCCAGAGCCAGCCCAAAUUCGAUCUGACGCGCCUUCUCGCACGAUGCGCUUGCUACGACCUUUUCGUACACCUUUUUCACCAGCACCAACGACAUCAUCUCCGAUUGUCGCUUCUACGCCUGUACCUUCAUCUCCGUCCAGAUCGGCACCACCUGCCGUAAGCAUAGCUGUCCUCAUUGCAAUGCCCACACCACAGCAUGCACGAGAGAUGGACGGACCACCUGUCGUUGAGCUUGGUGUCGUUGACGUCCCUCUUCAAGACAUGAGCCCAAUGGGUGGACAGCCCUAACAGAGGUAUCCAGUUGCUGGUCACACCGGUUCCGAUGUUAGAUUAUGGAUGUAUUCUUAUUGCUUCAAGCGCGUGUACUUUACUACAUACAGCAUGCUAUGUUGACAUUUCAAAUAGACGUUAUGUACUGACCGUUACUUCAUCGCCAUGCGUGCAGAUUGGGAUCAUCACUUACAUAGGCGUUGAUCCGUCCGUCUGUCCUAACAUAGCUUUCUUGAUCAAAGUAGCGGAUUAAUGCUUUUCUGGGAUGGUGUGCUCGCAGCAGACGAACGGUCUAGUCGGGAAUUGGAUGGUCUUGUGGACAAUUACUUGCUGCACGUUUGCCGUUAUCUGAUUCAAAGUACAUGCUUCCGCCUCGAGGACAUGGCGGAGCAUGGCGGUGAUGGGCUGUCAAUCAAAAUGAU